GUUCCACGUAUUUUAGUUCAAUGGUGCGUAAUGUUUAUCAAUUGCGUAAUGUAAUGGCAGCCAAUCGUCGCUAUAAACUGAGUUAUUUUCCUCUUCGAGCAAGAGCUGAACCGAUCCGAAUUAUUUUGUCUUUGGCAGGAGUUGAUUGGGAAGAUAAUCGGAAUCUUAAUGAUGAGGAUUUAGUUGCUUUAAAUAAAGAUGGCAUACCUCCUUUUGGUCAGUUACCAAUUCUUGAGUUCGACGAUGUGAUCUUAGCUCAAAGUAUGGCUAUUCUUCGCUUCUUGUCAAGAGAACAUGGUUUCAUGCCAGAAACUAGUCUGGAAACUGCAUUGGCUGAUGGCAUUGUUGAUCAAAUACAAGAUUGUGUCUUAAAAGUUAUUAAAAUGUGGUUUACUAAAAGUCCUGAAAAGGAAAAAGUAAAGCAAGACCUGAAUGAUAAUUAUUUACCCAAAAAUCUAUCAUAUUUUGAAAAGAUAUUUCAAAAAAAUUGCAAAGGGCAAACAUAUUUCUUUGGAGAGAAGGUGACAUAUGCUGACAUUAACUUUUUUUGUUUUGUUAAUGGUUUUAUUCUUUCUGGUCAACUGGAAGUUCCACCAAUACUUGCCAAUUAUCCAGGUCUAACAAAGACUUACACUGCAAUGUUGAAUGAACCAAAACUUCAAAAUUACCUCAAAAAUAGGCCCAAGACUGAUGGACGUUGAUUGAUGUCACAUGCUGUAGAUGUAGAUCAUUCAGGUUAGUAGAGUCCUGAGAAGGACUGCUUUUGUUGUUGUUGACUGAC